GAACGGAGGGAGUAGUAUAAAGUUACAUAUCGCAUUCAGCUUGCCUUUUGUUUCAACUCUCUUCACACUAAUGGCUUGGGAUUUUCAAACACACCAAGAAAUCAGUUUGCAGAGAUAGGUGACAGAAGGAUUAAAGAGGGACUAGAAAGCUAAAAAUUGUGAAUAUUUCAGCAAUGGGUUGUAGUUGCUUUGGAUGUAAGGAUAAUAGAGAGAUUCAGGUCCAAGAGCUUAACACCAACAAUGUGAGGCUUUUUUCAUAUAACUCAUUGAGAUCAGCAACAAGACACUUCCAUCCAUCUAACAAGAUAGGAGGUGGCGGUUUUGGAGUUGUUUAUAAGGGAGUUUUGAGAGAUGGAACUCGUGUUGCCAUUAAAUGUCUCUCUGCUGAAUCAAAACAAGGGACCAAAGAAUUCUUGACAGAGAUUAAUAUGAUUUCAGAUACUCGACAUCCAAAUCUUGUUCAGUUGAUUGGUUGCUGUGUUGAGAGUGGCAAUAGAAUGUUGAUAUAUGAAUACUUGGAGAAUAACAGCCUUGCUUGUGCUUUACUUGGUUCUAAAGGUAAACGUGUUGCCCUGGAUUGGCCCAAGAGAGUUGCUAUAUGUUUAGGUACAUCAUCUGGUUUAGCAUUUCUUCAUGAGGAAGCAACACCACCAAUUGUUCAUCGAGAUAUUAAGGCCAGUAAUGUCCUUAUUGAUGAAAACCUUCAACCUAAAAUUGGCGAUUUUGGUCUGGCAAAGCUUUUCCCUGAAAAUGUGACUCAUCUUAGUACGCGAGUGGCUGGAACAGUAGGUUAUCUUGCUCCCGAGUACGCCUUGUUCGGACAACUCACAAAAAAGGCUGAUGUCUACAGUUUCGGAGUUCUUCUACUUGAGAUCAUAAGUGGAAGAAGCAGUAGUAAAGCAGCAUUUGGAGUGGAUCUCUUGAUUCUGGUGGAAUGGGUAUGGAAGCUUAGAGAAGAAGGGCGGCUUCUAGAUAUCGUUGAUCCAGAGCUAACAGAGUAUCCAGAAGCUGAAUUACUGCGCUUCAUCAAAGUUGCUCUUUUUUGCACACAAGCAGCACCUACGCAAAGACCUAACAUGAAACAAGUGAUUGAUAUGUUGUCUAAAGAAGUCAAUCUCAAUGAGAAGUUGUUAACUGCGCCAGGAGUCUACAGACCACAUAGCUCGAAACAAUCAAGUUAUGAUAGUUUGCAGAAAUCAUCCUCCAGGGACAAGAAAGGAGUGCAAUCUGUUAAUCCAUUUGCAACAUCAACAAAGUUUGAGAGUUUUCAGAGUGUCACACAAAUGCUUCCUAGAUAAUGUUAACUGAUGUAUUGGCUCUCAUUAAGCUACCCAUUUUAUAAACCUUUUCAUGAAUUAUAAAGUUAGCAGUGGCUGAUAAACAAGCAAGGAAGAAUCUUCAGUACAAAAAUGAACUACUUAUAUCUUCUUAUA